AUGAAUAGGGUGUGUCUUUGUUCAAUUCUACAUUCAGCUCAUGUGAAGAACUUCAGUGGCUCCAGCUACGUUUUCUAUAGGAGCAAUGGUAACGGGUACAAUUGGGAAAGAAGCAAAACAAUAUGUAAUGAACAGUCUGGAUAUAACCUUGUUUCUAUUGAGAGUCGUGAGGAGUGGAACUUCCUGAAUCAAACCAUCCAAAACGAGAAUACCACUGAAUACUUCAUAGGUUUGAGGAAAGAUACAUCAACUGGAGUGUGGAGAUGGUUAAGUGAUAACAGCACAGUCAAUGCGUCCAAUAAAGGAGAUUGGCCCUGGGCAGUUGGACAACCUAGCAACGGAAAUGGUAAAGAGAACUGCACGCAAAUGUACAGAAAUUAUAGUGGUAACUUUGGACGCUAUAAUGAUGUCAGAUGCUCUUCAUGCAUACCCCAUGCAGGAUUCAUAUGUGAAUUUAAAGAUGGAGAAGGUAAUAGACUCUUAAUUCACAUUACACGAAACUGA